CAGCAUAUCGAGCUGUAGUCAAAAAAUUAAACACGAUAUCUGAAAAUUAUUUUUAGCUAUAGUGGCCUACUAGCGUUAGUACAUACAGCUGCGUUAUUUGAUGAUAACCACAGUUUUCCGCUGCGCAUUUUUUUGACAAUUGCCAAAGUUUUUGUUGGUACUAGGCCUUUGUGUUUCUGCUGCAGAUAACAAACUGCUCAUCUUGUGCGCUUGUCAAUAGCAUCUGGAAGAAAUAUUUUGCUUCACAAUGGAGAAGGCGACAUUGCUGAAAAUGUCGGAUUCUGCCGGUCUUGGAUCGAUAGAUUUCUUACCGGGCAUGACAGCUGGUAGCGGUCCUUCCAAUCGGCCGGAAUUCGAACCAUUUUCGGUGCUGGUGCAAUGUGCCAACCAGUACCUGCGUAAUAAUCCUCAUCUGACAGUCAACACUUGCGAGAGUGUCGAGUUUAAGGUUUCCAGCAAGGAUGGAUUCCGCGUUGAUACGGUUAAUUCUGUCUACACAGCGCACGGAGAGUCCGAAACACGCUAUAUUCGAGGUCUGCGAUUAUGGACACAAGUAAAAAGCGGCCACGGCAACAACUGCGAUCAGAUUGGCUACUGUAACUUCCUUCCGAGCAUUCAAGGCGACAAUGUGGAACGGUUGGAUCGUUUGUUGUUCAAAAUUAAUCAGCAAUUUGAAAGAAACCCCCUUCCUGGACAGAUCGUAACAGUCGAAACACAACCAAUAAAAUGGGGAUCGACAGGUUUGGAUCCGGAUCGGACUAUCUGGACAGAGCGUGGUAAUUCCAGUAGUCGAUUCGUCAACCUUAUCCGGAUUUUUUACUUACAAGGCCCACCGCAACCCUGUAAACUGGGAGUGCAGGAUUUCUUGCCGGCCGUUUUAGAUAGUGGUUUCCGAUGGGGUGCAUAUCCCCAGGUGGAAGCCUUUCCGGUGGUGAUGGACCGCGCAAGACAGUGGCUGCUCUCGGUGCCGCCGAAUUAUCGAGUGAUCAAUGUGCAGACCGUUACGUUCCGGUGGAGCCAAAAUGAUGGCGCCGAUACCCAGAAAAUGACCUAUCACGAAGACAAAGCACACCUGAAUUAUAUGAGGUAUCUCCGUAUACCGUACGUCAUUGAAAACCCGGAUCACCAAGUGGCAAGAUCCACUAUCCGAUUGAAUGCUAAACUCAUAGCUCCUAACAUGACCAGCGCACCAGGCAUUUUGUUGGGUUCCGGUCAGUUCGAAAGCCAAGAGUCCACGCGCGCCCGUCUGGACCAGUGGGUGAAAUCCACCGGUGCCCGUGUGGUGUCCGCGGAGACCAUAGUCAUGCGACCCGAUGGUGGAGGGGAAGGUCGCUAUGGAUUUGACAAUAUGCACACGUGGAACCAAAUUCACCGCGUAAACAACGUAUCCCAACGCAGUGAUGAAAAGUUCGUAUUUCUAUACCGGAUCUAUACGGAUGGGGCGUACGAAGACCCGGCAGGAUGGCAAAAUUCUACGAGACUCGAGGAGCACGCUCGCCAAUCAGGUUGCAGAGGGAUGAAGAAGGUUUUUCUCCUGUUUGGACUGGGUGUUCUGGCCAUGUUUAUCCUUAUUGGAAUUGUAAGCCUGUAUGGAUGGAUAACGCGAGGUCCAGAGGAUAACAAAGACGCACUGCCACCCACCAAUACAACGCAAACUCCGUAGCCGGCUCGAUCGAAAUGAUGUCUACGCUUCCGAUGCAUGCGGUUUCGGUAGACCAGCGCACGUUUACUUAUGUACUUGCCAGCUGAACAUUUACAGAUAUAACUAAUCGUAAUAAGUUAUAAAUGUGGAUAAUUUGGUGCUUCUUAUUUACCAAAAACUAUUGAUCUGUACGCGGCUCUUUAAUAGAAAGCUUCCAAGCGCUUUAAUUUUUCGGUGCUUUAGUUUACACUUUGUUUGUACUGUAAUUCUGUUGGGCAGUCGACUCUGCGUAAUUCUCGUUGAUCGUUUA